AUGAAGUUGUUCAUUCUGGUAGCUGUGUUCGGGCUCAGCCUCGCCCAACACAACCCAAACUUCAAACAUGGAAGGACAUCCAUCGUCCAUCUCUUUGAGUGGCGCUGGGCCGACAUUGCUAAAGAGUGUGAACGCUUCUUGGGUCCCAAAGGCUUUGGAGGUGUUCAGAUCUCUCCUCCAAAUGAGCACAUUUUGGUGAACAGUCCCUACAGACCCUGGUGGCAGAGAUACCAACCAAUCAGCUACAAGUUGUGCUCUAGAUCUGGCAGUGAGAGCGAGCUGAGAGACAUGAUCAGCAGAUGCAACAAAGUUGGGGUCAACAUCUAUGUGGAUGCUGUCAUCAACCAUAUGUGCGGGUCUGGUGGUGGAGAGGGAACCCACUCCUCAUGUGGCAGCUGGUUCAGUGCCAGCAGGGAGGACUUCCCAAGUGUCCCCUUUUCCAACCUGGACUUCAAUGACCAUAAAUGCCAUACUGGCAGUGAAGAAAUUGAGAACUAUGGUGACGCCAAUCAGGUACGCAACUGUCGUCUGGUCGGUCUGUUGGACCUCGCCCUGGAGAAGGAUUAUGUCAGAGGAAAGGUGGCUGACUUCAUGAACAAGCUGAUUGACAUGGGUGUGGCUGGAUUCAGAGUGGAUGCCACCAAGCACAUGUGGCCCGGUGACCUGUCUGCUAUCUAUGGUCGUCUGCACAACCUCAACACCAACUGGUUCUCUGGUGGCUCCAGACCCUUCAUCUUCCAGGAGGUUAUCGAUCUGGGAGGUGAGGCCAUCUCAUCUAGAGAGUACUUCCAUCUGGGAAGAGUGACUGAAUUCAAAUAUGGCGCCAAACUGGGAAAUGUCAUCAGAAAAUGGAAUGGCGAGAAGCUGUCUUACACCAAGAACUGGGGAGAGGGAUGGGGAUUCAUGUCCAAUGGCAAUGCUCUGGUCUUUGUUGACAACCACGACAACCAGAGAGGUCAUGGCGCUGGUGGUGCAUCCAUUGUUACCUUCUGGGACUCCAGACUCUACAAGAUGGCUGUCGGCUACAUGCUGGCUCACCCUUAUGGAGUAACCAGGGUCAUGUCUAGCUUCCGCUGGAACCGCAACAUCGUCAAUGGCAAAGAUCAGAAUGACUGGAUGGGCCCUCCCAGCUAUGGUGAUGGAUCCACCAAGCCUGUUCCCGUCUACUCUGACCAGACUUGUGGAGAUGGAUGGGUGUGUGAGCACAGAUGGCGUCAGAUCACGAACAUGGUCAAGUUCCGUAACGUGGUCAACGGACAGCCUCACUCCAACUGGUGGGACAAUCAGAGCAACCAGGUUGCCUUUGGACGUGGUAAUCGUGGUUUCAUCGUCUUUAACAAUGAUGACUGGAACCUGGAUGCAACCCUGAACACUGGCAUGCCUGGUGGCACCUACUGUGAUGUCAUUUCUGGCCAGAAGGAAGGAAGCAGGUGCACUGGGAAGCAGAUCCAAGUUGGUGGUGAUGGCCGUGCCCACUUCAGGAUCAGCAACCAAGAUGAAGACCCCUUCGUUGCUAUCCAUGCUGAAUCCAAGCUGUAAACACAUUGUCAAUAAAAAAAUAAAUCAUCAUUUUUAAACUUAAA